UGGAAAACAGUGGAAGAGCGGUGGCGACUAGGCGAGGAGAGGAGUGGACUGGAGUAGACUGGGAAUAGUGUUGGAGUGCCGCCUCGGUGCCGGGAUAGUUAUUACGUUUAUAAUGCGGAAUGCGAGGCAUUCACCGUAUGUGACAAUAUUUUGUUCAAAUUAUUUCGUGUUUGUGAAAAUAGCAUUGCUUUCAAUAAUGGAAUUAUAAUUUCACAAAGGUAUGUGUUUUAAGUAAAUGGUCAGAAAACUGUCACAUUGUGCAACGAGAGCGUGAAUGUAUAAUAUGCGACUGAUCUACGUAAUGUAAAGUGUAGGUGAUGAUAACUAAUAGUUCGGGCCACAAGCUCAAGGCUUUCAGAAGCACUCGGGACUUUGGUGACGUAAAGGACUCGGAAGCAGAAAAUAGAAGUAAACUAACUGAUAAAGGAAGUGACAAAGAGAAGUUGUCGGAUACCACAAGCGAUGGUAUCGGUCAUCGUGCAUCGUCUAGUAUUGUGAUUUGCCAAAGAGAUCGAAUUGAUAACAGGCUGAAACCUCGACCACGUCCCAGAGAUGACUUUCGCAUGGCGCGUGGUGGCGUCGAUCGGCGUAGCACAAAUGUGCGCGGCAGAGGUGCAUGUUUGCCGAGAAAAGGAGAUAGAGAUAAUGAAUCUGGUUAUAUUCCCAGAGGAAAAUUUCAAGAAUCGUUGAAUAAAGGCAGCUCAUCCGAAACUGUGAUAUCGUCAUCGUCGAAGUACUUCAACGAUGCCGAUAACAAAACACGAUCAGAUUAUGGAUACUUGGUCCCAGAAGACUCCAGGAUAUCCAAAUUACUGCGUCGUCUUUCAAGAGAAGAUGACCCAGAUAAGUUUUGUUCCCUGGCAAAACAACUGCAGGAGUCGCUUAUGGUGCCAGAGAAUGGAAGGUACAUAAAAAGAGCUUUUGAUCUUAUCACUGAAUCACUGCUAGAUUUGCUACACACUGGUCCAGGAUCAGAACCAAAACUUCAGGCUGCAAAAUGCCUUGGGAGAUUUGGAUAUGUUUUGGAUCAAGAUUUCAAGAGGUACAUCGAUUGGGUAUUUUCAACCUACAGUGUUGAAAGAAAUGAGGAAGUUCGUUUACUACUGAUGAAAGCAAUAUAUGAAACAUUGCAUUUGGAUAAAGAAACUCUCAAAACAAAAGAAUAUGCUAGUACUUUAAUGUCGAGCCUACAAAAUGCUUUGGAAUUCACAGAUUCUGCAGACUUCUUGAUUGGUACUGUCGAUGUUAUUUUGCUUCUGACUGAAAUGUAUCCUACAUCUUUCUCAAAACAUUUUCGAGAUACAGUUGACAUUCUUGUUGGCUGGCAUAUUGAUAGUAGUCUGAAAAGUCAGAUCACUGAGUAUGCAUCACGUAGUCUUCAAAAAUUGAAUCGCUUCUGGAUUGUUGAUCUGCAGUUUUCUGUAACAUUAAUAAGUCAGUUUCUUGAAGAUAUGGAAGCAUACGGAGAUGAUAUACAUGUGUCAAAUGAUCAAUCAGGAAGAUCGACUCCUGAUGAAGAACCUAUUCUUUCCCCAGAGCAAUGUAUAAUAAAAAUUACAUCACUGAUCAAAGUUUUCAACACAGUUCUGAAGUGUUUGGGCCAACAUUUAAAUCCUAUAUUAUCACCGACAAUAUCAUGGAGCUUUCUCAUCAAUUGCUUUACAAAAAUGCUUCAGACUGUUCUCAGAGCUUUGGAAUUUCUAGUUCGGGAAGAACUGAUUAUUGCUGCAAAUGAGUGUGCAAGUUUGUUGUUGACUUUCUUACAAACAAAGAUUUCAUCAACAAAUGGAAAACUGUAUUCAUUAAUUAACAUGGAACUGAGAUUUGCAGGCCAGCUGGGUGAAGAAGCAAUAAUAUCUAUGCUCACGUUUAUUGCUAAGGUUGUACGAGAUGUUAGUGCUAAUCUUCCUGUAGAACUUGUGCAAGAUAUUUUGGGCCCAGAAUCACCUAUCCUUAAAUUAAGAUUUUCACCUUCGAAGAAAAUACAAAAUGAAGUGCUAGGUGUUUACCACAGCCUUCUCAACCUGAAAAACAUCCCUCCUCUUCAGGAAGCUUACAGGUAUGUUUUGGGAGACUUGGAGAUGGCAUAUAAACAAGUAGUGCCAUCAAUUUCAGAGCUUUGCCAGUCAAAUCCCCUUGCAAAUGUAAAGUACAAUGAUGAGGAUGUUGAAAUGGUGAUAAUGUUUCAUAUGAAAGCUUUAGCAGACCUUGCAAAUGCUAGUAGCUCCAUCAUUGGUAUGUGGGCCUUACAGCCUAGCAUUCUAGAACUCUUAGCUGUGAAACUCCAACCAUAUCAUAAGAAUCUGGUCAAUUAUAGUCCUAUGUUACAAUAUUGUAUAAUAUAUCUUCUGUACAGUCAUUGUGCUCGGUACAAUAAUUUUGUUUCUAGUAGUGGAUUAGUGAGUGCAGCUCAUGGAGUUUCGAAUGUCUGUGAUAUUUUGGGUCUUCCUAUAAAUUUGGGUACUGAUGUACCUACGUCAUCACCAACAAGUGGCCAUUUGUCUGUUAUACUUACAGUUCUGACACAAGUUUUAUCUGAGGUGUCAUCAAAACAAACCAUGUGUCUUAUAUUGGGAUGGACGGGAGAAGUUAUCUGUCAGGCACAGUCCUAUCUGAAUGCAUUGCAAGAUUCACGAGAGUUCUGUGAUCUUCUCCAAGCUUUGGUUAAAGCUGGUCACACACAAGAUGUGUAUGUAGCUUCGUUAGUGUUGAAAAAUUUGGAAGAUUUGUUGAGCUCCAGUAAUAUCUUGUGGAAGCAUAAAUUCCUGACAAAUGUCUUAAAUCUUUGUCUCCUGCAUAGUAAUUCUUCUGAAAAUGAUGUGAGUGUUAAAGCGUGCCACCUGAUGACUUUGCUUCCAUGGUACAUUACUAUUCGCAGAAUACAAGAAUUAACAGAACCAAAGAAAGGAAAUGUGAAGAACUUCACUUUUGCCCUGGAAUCACUACAUGAUGUCCAAAAACACCAUAUGUCCAAAGCUACCUAUGGAGAUAUGCAUGGAAUUCAUUUCAAAAAAUUAAUGGGAUACAUAUUACAUGGAACACAGUGUCUUGAACAGAAUUGGAUGCUGCAAAUGUUCCACAGCUGUUGGCCAGUGCAAGCCCCUCGAUCACUUUCCCCUGAGGAUGCAAAAGUAUUUGUGUUAUUUACUCACCUUGCCUGGACAAAUAAUGUUAUUUUGAUGUUGUGGUCAACGUGGCAAGCUGCUCAGUUUUGUAUUUCGGCAAAGUUACGUACUCCAUUGGGAAAACCACAAGAAACCUUUACAAGUAUUGAAGGAUCAAUUAAGGACUUGGCUCGGGAUUUACAUACUAUGCUAAAUCCCUGUCAAGUUGAAGAUGUUCUUGAAGCACCCGACACGUGUUCUACCAGUUCUGUUCUCACUUCAUCAUCAGGAGUUAGUGGAAGCCUUACUACAAAUGUGUUUGAAAGUCCAUCCACUAGUUCAUCAACUAGUAAUGCUGUUGCUAGCACAAGUUCCUCCACUUCUACAUCGGCUCUGCAGCAUGAUUCACAGGAGGAAGAACCAAAAUCACAACAAUCGCAAAAGCAACCAAGUACUCCUACUGAACCAGUUGUAUGCAUUCAGACGCAUGAUGAAAAUUGGGAACAGCGACGUGUGAGACUGUUACUAGAGUUCCUGGAACAUCUAGAGAAAUGUAUCCAUAAUGCAGCUGAAGGUUCUGCUUCCUCUCUACCUCCUUGUCAAAAAACGGUGAGAAUAUUUUUUCAUACCAACAAGAGUACAUGCGCUGAAUGGCUUACACGCAUUCGAAUGGCUGUUUUGAUGGUUGCACUUCAUGCUGGUCAAGCAACUGCUGUUGGCUCUGAAUUUGAGAGAACAGUAUUAUACCUUAGUUGGGCUUUGUGCCAACUUCGGGAGCCAGAAGCCAUUGUUGGUUUGCUUGUUUGGUGCCGUGAACAUGGAAGAAAAUUUCCAUGGCUGAAAGCGGUUGCUGAACAGGCUGCUGGGAGAUAUGAAGCUGCAGCAGAGGAUUAUAAACGUUUUCUGGAUACUGAGUGUUCUUCUCAUACUCCAUCAUCUAGUUCUGAAGAAUAUGUGUUAUUAAAACCUGGAGGAUUGACAAACAAGAUUGAUUCUGAACAUUUUCUUUCAGAGUUCAUAUCCGAUCAAUUAUUUGGAAAUAGUUUCACUGCAAAGCAAGCUGAAGCAAUGAAUAGUUUUGAAGAACAUGGCUUAUCUGCUUUAAGUGAACUUGAAAAGUGGAGCAGUGUUGGAAGUAAUCCAAUUAAUGCUGAUAAAUGUUGGAAUAGUUGUGUUCUUCUUAAGCAAGUGGACUCAACAUUGGCAAAUGUUGCUUUGACAUUAGCUGCUGACUGUAACACUCAAAAAACGGAAGGAAAAGAUUUUUCAGAGGAACAUAGUUGGAUGAAAUCUGUAAUUGAAAGUUGUAUGGUGAUAACUAAACGCCAUGUUCAAGAGGGUUUAAGAAAUAUGCCAUCAGAGAGCUUACAAAAUUGUGUGAUAUCACAGUUUGCUGGUGCAGGAUUAUUGUCGGUGGUAGCAGGUGAACCUGAGAAAAACGCCUUUACCAUGGCUGACACAGAAAUAAAACCUAAUUAUGCAAAAACAUCUGUGCUUACGAAUAUAUUAUGGUGGGCUACUUAUUUUGACCAAAUGAGUGGAAAGAGGUUCCAUAAUCAAGUGAAUGGGCUUUGUUUGGAAGUAUCGAGAAUUGCUCGCAAAGAAGGCAAUUAUAAGUUAGCCAACAAGUUGCUUCUUCGAUUUUUGAGUUCUGGUGGUGGUUUUGGAAUGGAUUCUUCUGCAUUCAAGCAAAUAUCAUUGCAGCAAGUUGUGGAAAGUUUGAUUGAUUCUAGCAUGAGCUUCGGUGAAGCAUGGGAUAUCAGCAUUGCAAGAGCUUAUAUUGAAGUUGCUAAAUUAUUGUAUAGUUCAAACUGCCAUAAUUCUGCAGUACAGGUGUGUGCUUUAACGAGUCUUGCCAUAGUUCAGCAACCAACGGGCAUAAGUCUUGAGUUAGAGGAAAGAAAGUCUCGCACUUUGCUCACGUUGGCUAAAUGGUUGCAAGUAGAAACUCAUUUAGUAACAGAAAUAAGAGAAUUAUUGACCCAAGUUUUUGCAUGGGAGAAUUCAAGCCCUAAUAAAGAUAUGAAAGUACUGGAUUCAAUGACUUUAGAGCAUUGCAACCUACUGUUACAAAAUGGCACUCAAGUUAUACCACCUACUGAUACUGUUGUUGGUCGCCUUCUCUAUAUGAGCGUUUGUCAAUGUCCAACUUUGGCAAAAUCUUGGAGUAAUUUUGCUGCAUGGUGUUAUCGUUGGGGACGACGUGUUGUUGAUGCUGCUAGUGAAGCAGGAGGACAGCUGACUGAAGUGGACAGGGAUAGUGUACAGCAAAUACUCUCGCCCGGAAUACCUGGCCAUGACCUGGAGAAGGUGUAUUCAAUUCUCAGUCAAACAAAGACAGUAGAUGAUGAGGAAGAUAUAGAGGUGGAAGAUUAUAAUACAUCAGAAAUGAUAGAAACACAGCUGCAGACUGUAAGAUCUUUGUCUGGAGCUUCUCGUGAACAACUUUCACUUUUAGUUGACAUAUGGCGUAGUGCUCAAAAGAGAGUUUAUGUUUACUAUGAACUUUCUGCGGUGGCAUAUUUCAAGUUUCUGGAGUUGUGUGGCGAUGGAGAGGGAACUGACUGUACAACAAUAACUGCUACUCUCCGUCUGCUCCGCCUAAUUGUGAAACAUGCUCUGGAAUUGCAAGGAGUAUUAGAACUUGGACUUGAUUCAACUCCUACAAGGCCAUGGAAAGGAAUUAUUCCACAAUUGUUUUCACGCCUUAGCCAUCCAGAACCAUAUGUUAGGAGAAGGGUAUCAGAACUUCUUUGCCGUGUUGCAGAAGAUGCACCACAUCUCAUAACCUUUCCGGCUGUUGUUGGUGCAGCCACUGGGACAAGGCUAAAAGACAUGAAUAUCCCUUCUUCAACUAGUAUUGAAGAUGAUCUUGAUGAGGAUGGUGAUGAUGAUGAGGAUGAUGAUGAAGACGAUGAAGAUGAUGAUGAGGAUGAUGAUGACGACAGUGUUACUGCUGAGGAGAAUAAAGUUUCGGUGUUAAAAAAUUGCUUUCUGGCAAUGGUUGAUAUUCUUGCAAAGCAGGCUCCAGAGGCAAUAUCUCAAGUGAAACUUCUGGUUCAAGAGCUACGUCGUAUCACUUUGUUGUGGGAUGAAUUGUGGUUAGGAACUUUAGUCCAACAUCAUGCUGAAAUCACACGCCGCCUAUCACAGUUGGAACUAGAAGUUAUUAGAGUUGAUGAAAAUAUGUCCCUAGCACCCGAUCUCAAGAAGCACUUGAUAGCAGAAAAGCAUCGCAUUAUUUUAAAGCCAAGCAACUUCAAACCAUCACUUCAGUUCCUCCUGAAACUCCUCACGAAAAAUGGAGACUACAUUAAGGAUGCAUUACAAAAGUUGAAAUCUCCUGUUAAUCCUCGGCGCCCACAUGAAUCAUGGCAGCCUAUGAAACAACUCCAGACUCGACUUCAGCAACGUUCUCAGAAACGUGCAGCUUAUACAAUUCAUAUGUCUGAUGUGAGUCCAGCUCUUGCAGAGUUGAAGAAGACUGUCAUUGCAAUGCCUGGUGUUUCUUCCAGUGAACGAAACUUUAUUACAAUAGCUGCUGUUGACAAUAAUGUUGCUAUUCUCCCAACUAAAACUAAGCCAAAAAAACUUGUUUUCCAUGGAUCUGAUGGGCAGAUGUAUACCUAUCUGUUUAAAGGAUUAGAAGAUUUGCAUCUUGAUGAACGUAUUAUGCAAUUUCUUAGUAUUGCAAAUACAAUGAUGCAGAGAGGAUCAGGAACUCAGCUUUAUUAUGCAAGACAUUAUUCUGUUAUUCCUCUUGGGCCACGUAGUGGGCUCAUUAGCUGGGUUGAUGGUGUUACACCAUUGUUUAGCCUUUAUAAGCGAUGGCAACAAAGAGAAAUUGUGUCAGUUACACUCAAAAUUCAUGCAUCUACCGGUCCCUUAAAUCCUGCUCCACAAGUUUUGAGACCAUCAGAAUUAUUCUACAAUAAACUUGGCCCUCUUUUGAAGGAAAGAGGUAUCACAAACGUGGAGAAUCGUAAAGAUUGGCCAUUGCCUGUUCUGAGACAGGUUUUAACUGAAUUGAUGGAAGAAACUCCUAAGGAUCUUCUGGCUAAGGAACUUUGGUGUAAUAGUAUAAAUUCUGGAAGUUGGUGGCAAACAACAAGAAGGUAUUCGUAUUCUGUUGCUGUGAUGUCAAUGAUUGGUUACAUUAUUGGCUUAGGUGACAGACAUUUGGAUAAUGUUUUGGUGGAUUUGUCCACAGGAGAGGUGGUGCACAUUGAUUACAAUGUUUGCUUUGAAAAAGGAAAAACUCUUAGAGUGCCUGAAAAGGUACCAUUUCGCAUGACUCCUAAUAUUCGUACAGCACUUGGUGUGACUGGAGUAGAGGGAAUAUUUCGACAAGCCUCUGAACAUGUCUUAAAAGUUAUGAAGAAAGGUCGAGAGACAUUACUAACUCUUCUUGAAGCUUUUGUGUAUGAUCCUUUAAUUGAUUGGAAACCUGGGAAUGAAGCAGGCUACACUGGUGCUGUGUACGGAGGUCAAGCAGUUGCCUUGGAAUCAAAGCAGAGUAGAAAAGAAUUAGAAAGAGAAGUUACCCAGUCAAUGUUUUGUGUUCGUAUGACAGAAAUGAAAUGUGAUUGGUUAAGUAAUAGAGAUGAUUUACUUGCUGCUAUGCCACAAUUAGAAAGUUAUCUUAAAAAUUGGACCGAUAUUCAAGAUCAAAUCAAAACCGUUGAAGAGUUAUUUCAAGAUUGUCAUCAACAGAUGGCUUUAGUGAAAGAGGCAGAAGCUCAUGGCCCUGGAGGUCAACAUCCUCUUUACACAUUAGGGACCCGUUAUACUAAAUAUCGUCGUGCUAGGGAUGCAAUGGAAAAGGCUAAGGCAACUUUGAAAGACAAAUUGGAAGAUACAGAAAAGCAUUAUAAAUUACAAAAGGCAGCUUUGUCUGCUGUUCGAGGCACUCAGUUGGGUGGAUGGGUUGCUGAUCUAAAUUUCCCAACAGACAAGGAUGACCAUUUGGUUUUUGACCUUGUGAAAGAGUUCUUACAGAAUGCUGGUCAAAGUCAAAUGAUACUGCAGUGUGAACAAUCAGAAACUGAAUUAGGACAAUUAGCACAACAACAGACCAUACUUAUUCGCACUUGUUUGGACUUGCUUAGUCAAUAUGGUGCUAUUGCAGGAUUGUAUCCAAACUCUUAUUUCAAGAAACAUAGAAUUGUUUGUUUUCAUCGCUGGACAAAAUAUUUGCUUGAAAGUUUGAGUAUUGAGCGGUAUGUUGAUUGUUGUAAUGUAUUUAACUUUCCUGAAUAUACAGACAUUUCAGAUUCAUGUUUUCUUCUGCUUUUUAGUAUUAAUUCUUGUAUAAGAUUUCAUGAAGUUUGUGAAGUUAUGAAACCUGCUAAAGUGCAAUAUUUACUUGUUAUAGAACAUUCUUUUGUAAAGAAAACAAAGUGCCAUGACGUUGCAGCACAGUUCCAGUCGUUCUUUUCUCCUGAUAAUAUUACAAACAAUCCUCUCUGUCGCACUGCUGUAUCUUUCAGCUAUCAGUUGCAAUCAGCUUUGCAAGAAGCUAAUGUACGCUUUUCAAAUGCACUAGAGAAGAUGACUUCAAAAGGUUUGCCGGAAGGAACUGUUACCUUUGAAAAGGAUUAUGAUGAUGCACAUAAAGCUAUAGAAAAUUUUCUUGCAUCAGAUCCAACUGCCACUCUGGCUUUAGAGUGUGUGAAUGUGACAGCUUUAUGCUCCUUGAAUAAACGGUAUCUAAUGAUGGAGGCUGCUGCUGCAAGUGCUGGCGACUGUCUUGUGGAUUUAACAUCCCGUGAUGGUGAAUGGUUCCUUGAUGAGAUGCACUUCGUGAGCACUUUAGUAUCUGAAUUCAGUAGCAUACUUCCAUAUCAGCGAAAUCCAGCCUCCCCAGAAGCAGACGAAAUUCCCAGUCUCCGAUUAGCUUUGCAGUGUCUUUACUCGGCUAAUGUUAUUUUCAGAGGCUUGAAGGAACUUAACUUUAAUUUCCAUACAAUUAUUUUACCUGAAGCACUUAAAGCUCUUCAGACUGAAGAACCAACUGUAAUUUCAGUUAUUGAAACAUUAGAUGAAAUUAUUCAAAGCAUUGGCUGUCCUAUAACAGAGUUGCUGGCCCAGUUGGAACUACAUCUACGUUAUGUUAUUAUGGACAUGGAGUCUCCUCAUAGUCAUGUUCAAACUAUUGUAUAUGAUCUUCGAACUAAAUAUGAAUCUCUACUUCUUCACUCUCAUGACAUACAUCGUGACGACUUUGUUGGCGAUGAAGGCCUGUCACCUGGAAAAAUGUUACUAAUGGGUUUUAAUGGUCUCUUUGAAAAACUACAACUUGAAGGAGCUGCUCUAGUGACAGCCUUGGAAACCAUUGAGACUCCUCCUUCUUGGAAGAAGGUGGAUCAAGUUAGAGAAGCUAAGUCAUUGUCUGCACCUGUAUUUAGUGAUCGCACCAGAGCUGUUUUAGAUUCCAUUUUUCUCUUAAAACGCCUACAGACAAUACAGGACUUCUUUGCCAUGUGUUCUCAAAUGGCUCGAAUGGGAUCCCCCAUUUAUGAUGAUGAUCGUCUCAAUAAACCUAUCAGACGAUUUACUGCUGACUAUGUGCGACGGCAGAUGCUGGGUGUAUCUUCUCAAACUCUAGCAUUAGCAAUAUGUUUCCUCUUACACCAACGUUUGGGACUCAAUGUAACAGUGGAAGUGGAACAGAGGGAUAUUGGAGCAGAAAGUAAAGUUUCUUUAGAAGAAUUGAUUCAUAAAGCUGUUGACCUUUGUGUAAAGCGUGGAAAAGUCAGCACAGCUACUCUUGCUCAAGUAUCAGGCCUCACCAGCAACCUAGAAAGUGCUUGGAGACGACGUGAGUUAGCAAUAAGUGCACAACAAGAAUGUGAAGUUCGACGAUCAACCUCCCAGAGACUUCAACUGCAGCUUACAGCUCAUCACUGGUUGUAUGAAGAUCUUUUACUACAGAAUGCCCCCAUGUCUACGUUAUUGCCAAUAAUGUUUGGAUAUGAUAUCUUUUUUGUUGAUAUAUUUUUGUGUAAUAUAGAUCGAACAACAUUCAUGCGAGAAGUCAGAAAAACGUCUUCAGCUUUGCUUGCCCUUCAAGCAAGAUUAAAUGAAGCUCAGGAACAACAAAAUAUAUUGGUAGCAAGUGUUGAACAACGGCUGAAAUGGGCAGCAGGAGCAAAUCCUGCUUUAAAUGAAGUCAUGGCAGCAUUUGAAUGUGCAUUGCAGAAGAGAACAACCCGUUUGGGUUUAGAACAAAGAUUGGCAGCUGUUGUGGGCAAUACCUGCAAUGCAAUUUUACACCAUGAAGCUUUACGGACAAGAACGUCUGAAGCAAUAGCAAAUGAUACCUCAUUUAUGCAGAUGUUGGAGCAAUUGGAAAAGAGUUGCAUUUUAUCUAGUGGCUGUGAACAUGUCAUUACUUCUGCGGAAGAAGCCCUGGUGCAGUUAUUAAUACCUGAAGGAUGUGUUGAUAUCAAUUGGAUACAUAAAGCUGAAUUAUUGAUUUCAGAUAAAGUCAAGUCUCUUCAAGAGCAAAAAGGAAAAUUACAUGAUGAUUUAUUUACUGCUCAAGAAAAUCUCAAGAAGCAUGUUAUGACUAUCAGAGGAUUCCUUUCUGUUCAUCAUCGACUAGUGUCAGAUGUACGCAACCUACUUAAAUCGAUGGCAAAAUCUGAGUCUGGAAUAUGCAGUGGUCUCAAUGACUAUCUGUCCUCGUACAAGAAAUUUUCAGAAUGUUUCUCAACAUUAAUAAGAGAUCUGAUGAUUGAAGAUAUUGAUACAGAAAGCAUUCAGCAAGCUUUGGACCAGUUGCAGAUUAUUAAAGCAAAGACUGGUGCCAUUUAUGAAGAGCUUCUACAGUUUGCUGAUGAUCUGAGGGAGCAAAUGAAACCAAAAACAACUUCUGAAGAAAUGUUUACGUAUGGAAAACUACGAAGACCACCACUUACACGUCAAGAAGGGUUAUAUUUAUCACCCAAAAAAGGUUCACCUGCUGUUGUGAAAAAUACCAAAACUGGAAGGGAUCCCCGGACAGGGAAAGCGGUGCAAGAAAGAAAUGCUUAUGCAUUAGGUGUCUGGCGCAGAGUUCGCAUGAAGCUUGAGGGACGUGAUCCUGAUUUGAACAGAAAAAUUUCUGUGCAGGAACAAGUUGAUUAUGUUACGCGUGAAGCUAUGAGCUUGGAUAACUUAGCUCUUCUCUAUGAAGGCUGGACACCAUGGGUUAACAUGGUGCCUAAUUCUCUACUAUCAGAGAAACUUCUCAGUAAAGGGGGAAAUGAUUUUCUCAAUUCUGUUGGGCAUUCUCUUAAACCAAAAGUGGAGACUUAA